AUGUCACAGCUGCGAAACAAGGCAAUUGGCUAUGUCAUUUUGCGUUGGGCGCUAAAACUUGCUCUCAUUCGGAGUGAUCGGCUUACGGCAUACUCCAACACCGUGGGGGAGUGGUGCACAACUGCCACUGAGGUUGUGCGAGGCAACUUCAAUGAUUCUUCUAGCUACUCUGUGCGCCAGCUUAAUCAAGCGUCACACCGCUGGCUGGCCGAGCAUGAGGAGCGUAAUGAAGAGCGAAUUGUGGACUUGCAAGCCAAGACGUGCACGUGCAACUACAGCAGGUACGCACAUUGUAUGUGCACAAGUAUUGCCGUCACUAAUCUUCUAACGUUCAUCAACAUAGUGGAGUACGGGCUUCCCUGUGUCCACAUCUGUGCUGCUUCCGGAGAGGGUCGGCUGCCGUUUGACAUGGUUCACCGCGUCUACAAGGUGGAGACGCUGAAGGCAAUGUUAAGGGGCACAACAGUCGAACAUGCGAAGAACGCGAAGAGGCAAGAGCACUUUGGGCCAAUAGGCUGCGGGAUGAUUGUCAACGUGGACAGCAUCGAGGGGGGGUGGAGGGGAGAAGAGGAGAACAACAAAGGGGAGGGGAGCAUCAGAGAGUGGGGUAGCAGCAAAGAGAAGGGGAGCAGCAGAGAAGAGGGGAGGAGCACAGAGGAGGGGAGCAGGACAGAGGAGGGGAGCAGCACAGAGGAGGGGAGCAACAUAGAGGAGGGGAGCAGCACAGAGGAGGGGAGCAGCACAGAGGAGGGGAGCAGCACAGAGGAGGGGAGCAGCACAGAGGAGGGGAGCAGCAGAGGGGAAGGGAGGAACAAAGGGGAGGGGAGCACCAUAGGAGGGGGGCAGCAAAGGGGCGGAGAGGUGCAGAGAGGGGGGGGAGAACAGAGGGGAGGGGAGUUCCAUAGUGGAGGGUGGGAACAGAGGGGGGGGCGGGUGCAGAGAGGUGGGGAGCAAGAACAGGGAAGGGAGGUGCAAACUGGAGGGGAGCAGCAGAGGGGACAGAGAGACGUUCCAGGCAUUGCUAGGGAACGUGGUUCAACCCCACCUGCUGAGUGGGUGGUUGAAAUCGAAGACAUUGAGGAAGGUCCGAGCGUGGAAAGUGAUAAUUCCGAAGGGGAAAGUGAAGGAGGGGAAAUGGAAGAGCAAGACAUUCAGGUAACAGAUGGGCCCGAUGCAACGGCGAACGGUAGCGCACAUGUGACUGCGGAUCGUGCGGAGGUGGAAAACGGGGGCGGGGAAGAUGUGGAGGAGGGCACGUCGGACGACGAUUGUGAUUGUGAUGAACCAGAACUAGAUGAAGGUGAGCAAGAGCUGGAUGCUUCAGGUGGGUCGGGAGGUGUUGGGACGUAUGAGAUUCUAAGCAUGGGAGAUGCUCAGCGGCAAAUGGAGGGCCCGUAUGGUCAUUGUGAAGUUAUGGUUAGUGGGGACAUUCCUGGCAUGCUAACAUCUGGUGCCCAAAGACGCGGAGGGAUCAUCAUUGAACCUGAAACUGUUGAGAACCAGGCCACGGAAGCAGCUGCUACAGCACGUGCAGCAGCAGCAGCAGCAGCAGCAGCAGCAGCAUCAGCAGCAGCAGCAGCAGCAGCAGCAGCAGCAGCAGCAGCAGCAGCAGCAGCAGCAGCAGCAGCAGCAGCAGCAGCAGCAGCAGCAGCAGCAGCAGCAGCAGCAGCAGCAGCAGCAGCAGCAGCAGCAGCAGCAGCAGCAGCAGCGGCAGCAGCAGCAGCAGCAGCAGCAGCAGCAGCAGCAGCAGCAGCAGCAGCAGCUGCAGCCUUGGCAUCAGCAACAACAGGUGCUGCAGCAGCAAAUGCUUCACCAACUGCACCACUUGCUGCAGCAGGGGCAGCAGCAGCAGCAGCAGCAGCCUUGGCAGCAGCUGCCUUGGCAGCAGCAGCAGCAGCAGCAGCAGCAGCAGCAGCAGCAGCCUUGGCAGCAGCUGCCUUGGCAGCAGCAGCAGCAGCAGCAGCAGCAGCGCUAUCACCGCCAGCAAAGGCGAGAUGCACUGACAAGGAGACGUAUUGCAAACUCAACCAGCCGAUUCGUACAACAAGAGUAGGUACUUUGCCAGAUGAGUCCUCCCCCUUACCUUGUAUUCCAUCAGUCCUCUGA